CGCGCCUCCCUCCUCCCCUUGCAGGCAGACUCCGGGAUUGCGCUUCCCGCAGGGACCUGCCCAGUCCUUUCUGGGAGUGCGGGGAACGCAGUCCCGGCGCGUGGGGGCCGCGCGGGCAGGAUGGUGUGCGCUCGGGCGGCCCUUGGUCCCUGCCUGCUCUGGGCUGCGGCGUGCGGCGUCUUGCUGCUCAGCGCCCAGGCGGGGGCGCAGCGUGGCCGGAAGAAGGUCGUGCACGUGCUGGAGGGUGAGUCCGGCUCCGUGGUGGUCCAGACGGCGCCCGGGCAGGUGGUGAGCCACCGCGGGGGCACCAUCGUCCUGCCCUGCCGCUACCACUACGAGGCCGCCGCCCACGGCCAUGACGGCGUCCGCCUCAAGUGGACGAAGGUCGUGGACCCGCUGGCCUUCACGGACGUCUUCGUGGCGCUGGGCCCCCAGCACCGGGCCUUCGGCAGCUACCGUGGGCGGGCCGAGCUGCAGAACGAGGGGCCCGGGGACGCCUCCCUGGUGCUCCGCAAUGUCACCCUGCAGGACUACGGGCGCUACGAGUGUGAGGUCACCAAUGAGCUGGAGGACGACGCAGGCAUGGUCAAGCUGGACCUGGAAGGCGUGGUCUUCCCCUACCACCCCCGCGGGGGCCGCUACCAGCUGACGUUCCCGGAGGCGCAGCGGGCGUGCGCCGACCAGGACGGCAUCCUGGCGUCCGCAGAGCAGCUGCACGCGGCCUGGCGCGACGGCCUGGACUGGUGCAACGCGGGCUGGCUGCGCGACGGCUCGGUGCAGUACCCGGUGAGCCGGCCGCGGGAGCCCUGCGGCGGCGGGAGCGGCGGCGGGAACGGCGGCGGCGGCGGCGUGCGCAACUACGGCUACCGCCAUAACGCCGAGGAGCGCUACGACGCCUUCUGCUUCACGUCCAACCUCCCGGGGCGCGUGUUCUUCCUGAAGCCGCUGCGGCCCGUGCCCUUCGCGGGAGCCGCGCGCGCGUGCGCGGCGCGCGGCGCGGCCGUGGCCAAGGUCGGGCAGCUGUUCGCCGCGUGGAAGCUGCAGCUGCUGGACCGCUGCACGGCGGGCUGGCUGGCCGACGGCAGCGCGCGCUACCCCAUCGUGAACCCGCGCGCGCGCUGCGGCGGCCCUCGGCCUGGCGUGCGCAGCCUCGGCUUCCCCGACGCCUCCCGGCGCCUCUUCGGCGUCUACUGCUACCGCGCGCCGGGCGCACCGGACCCUGCCCCCGGCGGCUGGGGCUGGGGCUGGGCUGGCGGCGGUGGCUGGGCUGGGGGCGCGCGCGACCCCGCCGCCUGGACCCCGCUGCGCGUCUAGCGCCGCAGCCCGAGGACGAUUGGGGGCGCCCGGCAGCGGCUCCAGCGUCUGCGGUUCCACGCCCCUCCCCACCCCGUGGCCUCUGGCCGUGACUCCUGGGGUGCCCUGCAGGCUGACCAAGCUUCCUGCAGUUUUGGACACCGACAACGGCCCCUGGGGAAUCCCUUGAGAGAGGACGAGUCCCAGCGGACUAAGUCUCCUGGAGUUCCCUGGACCAAAACCCCACCGCUUCUGGACAGUGGAUUUCCCACGCCCCUGGACUUUGUCCAGGAGAAGGGCCACGCCCCCGAGGACCCCAGGAGGCCAGCCGACCCCCAGCCUCUUGAAGAUUCGGCCACCCCUCUGCAGAGACCCUUUGCAGCCGGAACCGCCCCACCCCUCGCGGUCACCUGGAGGCUGGACCCCCAGGAUUAUUUGGAGACUGGCCCGGCCCCCUGUGCAGCUCCCUGGAGACUGGAAUGCGUCCCUUGAGGUCGCCUGGACAUGGAAUCCCCCUCCCCAUCUCAGCGUUUGCCACGUCCACGCGGAGACCACAGGCUCAGGCACUUACCUCGACCCCGACCCCCGGGGGAAAGAAAUGCUGGGCACUCCUCCCCCUUGCUGCCUGAGAGUCCGCUAAGGUUUUCAGGGUAACAGGCCAGGUCCCCGGGUUGCUGUGGCGGGCAGUCCCACCCCCGCAUCCUCGAGGGAGAGCACCAUCUUCUGUCACCACGAGGAUGGACUGACCUGUCCCCAGCCGGCCCAGUGACUGGGACCAUGCCCCACCCUUGUGGAGGGAGAGCUGACCUGCCCCUUGUCACCAAAGAGACCACGCCCAGGCCCAGGGACCCCUAGGAUUCAUGUCGCUCGUGUUUUUGGAGUCCAGUACCCCAAUUCCCAGUGUCACCAAGGCGACUGUCACCUUGACUCACUGUCCUGGGGAUGGUGCCUCCCUCCUCCCAUUGUAACCAUGGAGGCCACGUUUCCCAUCUCGCCGGCCCCACCCCCAGAUGCUGUCAAGUCCACCUCUGGACCCCCACGGAGACCACCCUUCCCCCAGCUGUCCCCAGGGUGACCCAGCUGUCACCAUGGAAACGGAUCACCCCUUUCCCCAGGCCCACCCCCCCAUCUCCUUGCCAACCACGAGACUGGGACUCCACAGCCGUUGCUAUGGUGACCAAACUCUGGUGUCAAGGGUACCGAGAACACCUGUCCCCCUAGGCUUUUCCUGGUCGACAGGGCUCUGCCCCAUCAAGCUGUCACCAUGGAGACCGUCAGUGUCGUCCCCAUGACAACCAACCUUCCAGCUCUCAGGAACUUCUCACCAUGGGCCGGGUGCCCUCUCCCUCACGGACUCCGGACUCCGGGAGCCUCCUAUUGGGACUGCCUCCUGCACCCCAUGGCGGGGGGGCCCUGCCUGGGGAGCUCCCGGCUACCCUCAAUUUGCACGCUAGCUAUACGCCGGACAGCGGCUGCGCAUGACACUGCCUCGCCACGCUGCGGCUUGCUUUGUUUGUUUAUUUACUUAUUUAUUUGCAACUCUAGCAUUGAGGAAACUGGGCAAUGGCAUGCCCUGGCCCUUCUAGCUGUGCAAGCCUUGAACUCUCUGAGACCCCUCUCCCCAUUCUCCUUCCUGGACCCCUGCCCACAUUUCCCUUCUUAGACCCUGGGGGAUGGAAUGUCCCUUGAACUUCAGAAUCCACCAGAUCCCAAGGCAUGAUGCGUGCCACAAGCUCCGGACCCCCAGCCGUACCACCCCCCUGCCCCCCUCCCCCCGGCUUGAGAGCCAGCUCAGGGGGACUGAGACAUGGACAAGGCCGUUCCCUGGCCGCCCAUGGGCGACCCCGGUUCUGAGGUUCUGCCUAGUGUAGCCGUGUCCUGGCACUGUCUCUACCGUCACAACCAUCUCUUGGGUUUGGGAACCAAAAGGGCUGGGGUUCGAAUCGCGCCUCUGGCUCUUGUUCACUGUGUGACCGAGGGACAAAACCCUUGCGAGCCUCUUUCUUCUAAUGUAUCGGGCUGUUCUGAGAUCCCGCCGAGUGCAAGGCAUACAGCAGGGGCUCAAUAAAUCUUCGUUUCUUUUCAUGAAUGAGAGAAA